AUGAAAGUGAAGAUGAUAGGAAAGUGGAAAAGAGAUUGAUUUUAUAAUUUACUUUAACGUAUAAGGGUAAACCAGGAGUAGCUUAGACCGACAAAUAGCGACAAAUUUUAGCCAAGGAUCUGCUGUAGUGCUAUGUAAUGUAAUUCGAUAUUCCAUCAAAAAAAAAUGUUUUGAUUUUGUUGCUACUUGUUACACAGUUAUUAAAAUAUUCUGUUCUGUCUUUGUGGAUUUACUUACCUGAUAUCAAAGUGAAAUAACAUAACAUGGACAUAUUUAUGUGGAUUUACCUCAAGCUGUUCUGAAGAAAGUUUAAACAGAAGACUUUCAGCAAAAGUUAUGUGUGUGAAAAAUUCUCUUAGAAUGAGCUGCGUUGACGUCACAUGAUAUAAAAGGAGGAAUAAAUUAAAACUCGUAAAAAUGCUUCGAAGUGCCUCCACGGCGGGUCCUAAAAGCCCAGACAUUGAUAUAGGUGUUCUAAACGACUCAAUUUUGGAAACAAUUCGAAGGAUUCGUGCCCAGAAACAAAGACCUUCUCUUGAGCGAAUAUCAAAAUGGGUGAUGAAUCGGACCCCCGCAAAAGGUUGCACAUACGCUGAAGUUAUUAAUCAGCUUGAAGAACUGUCUUCAACUGGAAAAGUUUUGAAGGUUUUUAACCAAGGUGAAUAUUCCUACCGUGACCCUGAAACUAUGACACCAAGAGCUUGUGGUCGUGCUCCUAAAUCUUUAACAAAAGUCGGUACUACUCCUAAAUAUGGGCGGGUAACCACCCCGAAAAGUCCCAUUGGUUCACCAUCAUCACCCAAAAUAGCAACACCUGAAAUUACUCUCAUUCCCCAAGAUCAACUAAGAAGACAUAAAACUAUACAAGUUUCCGACUACAUUAAACUUGUACAAAUCGUUUUGGAUGGUUUGCAACAACCUGAGGGAGCUUCAAUUAAAGACAUGGAGAAAUACCUUGAGACAACUUACUACAUACAGGGAAUCUCUCCUCUUGAGUUUAGUCGUCAUUUGAGGUUAGCAUGCAAACGCGGAUUACAUGCGGGUCGUCUCAUCAAGGAUGGUUUGCUCUUCCGAUUAUCUCCCAGUGCCCCAUACAACAAUAACAAUAACGUGCAGGCAUUGCAGUCUUCUCCCACUAUCCUACAAGAAGAAAACAAUGAUUUGCCGAGGGCGACACCAAUGCCGAUAUGUAGCUACUGUUAUGGAACUGCUGAGUGCAACAAGACUGGCAAGCAAGAGGAAUUACUUUCUUGUGCAGAUUGUGGAAGCAGUGGACACCCAAUAUGUAUGAAGCUCUCCAGUGACCUUGUGCCAAAAAUUCGUGGUUCACGUUGGCAAUGUAUUGAAUGCAAGAGUUGCAGGGUGUGUGGCUCCAAAGGAAAUGCAGACAACCUGCUUUUCUGCGAUUCUUGUGACAGAGGAUUCCACAUGGAGUGUUGCAACCCACCUUUGCUUAAAAUGCCAAAAGGAUCAUUCAUAUGUGAACUGUGCAAUGAAAACUCAACUUCAAGUUCUGUAUCAAAAAUUCCACUUUCAAAAUGCCGACGGACACCGGCAGCGCAAAGGAGGCUUAUUUCCAGUGAUAGUUCAACUGGACCAAUGGCUCAAUCCUUAGGUUCUUCCCCACCAAGUACAACUUGUGAAGUUUUUGGAGACAACGGGAAACAUUUCUUACAAGUUCCUUUCCAUAAGAAACCUAAAGGUCUGAUAGAUGGAAUGACAAGGUUCUUUACCCCAUCAGUAGGUCGACGUAAAACAAUGACAUCGCAAGCACGGACCACACAACUCAUGAUCAUACACAACACAAGCAGUGAUAACAACUCUAGUUCAAAAGAAGAAGACAUUUUAUCAAAAAAUUCAAGCAAUGAGAAAUCAUGCAAAGCAAACAUCACAGAACUUGAUGAAUCCAUGUUUUUCAAAGCAAGAGAGGAAUCUUUUCAGCGCACUGGUAUGGUAGAAGGGGAAACCCCCGAUCCGUCAACCACUAGGUGUCCUGCUGCGAUCGAGUUCGGAAAAUAUUCAAUUGAAACUUGGUAUUCGUCACCUUACCCACAAGAAUAUGCUAGGUUACCAAAGCUGUUCCUGUGCGAGUUUUGUUUAAAAUACAUGAAAUCCCACACCAUACUUCAGCGACACGCUCGUAAAUGUCCGUGGUUCCACCCACCUGCCAAUGAGAUUUAUCGCUCAAAUAAUUUGUCAAUCUUUGAGGUGGAUGGGAAUGUCAGUAAGAUCUAUUGUCAAAACCUUUGCCUGCUUGCCAAGUUGUUUCUUGACCACAAGACAUUAUAUUACGAUGUGGAACCUUUUUCAUUCUACUGCCUAACCAUUAAUGAUUCAAAGGGCUGUCAUUUGGUUGGUUACUUUUCAAAGGAAAAGCAUUGUCAGCAGAAGUAUAACGUGUCUUGUAUAAUGACCAUGCCACAAUACCAACGGCAGGGCUAUGGGAGGUUCCUUAUUGAUUUCAGUUAUUUGCUUUCUCGCAAAGAAGGUCAAGCCGGUUCACCGGAGAAACCACUGUCUGAUCUGGGUGAGGUUUCUUACAAUGCCUACUGGAGGUCAACAUUACUCGACUAUUUCUCAAAACAACUCAAUGAAAAAAAUAUUUCUCUUCGAGACAUCAGCAAGAGCACAGGUAUAUGUCCGCAUGACAUUGCGAUGGUGUUGCAAAAGUUGGGUAUGAUCAGUGUAACACCGGGUGGCGCUAGUGAGGAAGAAGUUGUUGAUGCAAUCAAAUUCAAUCUGAAAAGACGGAGAAAGAUGGUGAUGGAAUAUAUCAAGAAGAAGCAACAGAGGGAUAACGAUUCAACGAGACCCCCAAGACCCACAGUUGAUUCGGACUGCCUUCGUUGGACCCCUCUUAUUUCAAGUAAUAGCUGGGGCUCGGAUGAGUCAGUUCUGAAGUCGCCUUCUACAACUCCAGAAAAGAUCAGGCCAUCAACCGAGCAAAAAACAUCGAUUAACGGAACAUCUCAUGUGGCUGAGGAGCAUAUUGAAGCUACGGAGGAUGCUAAUGUAGAUCCUGAAGCACAAGAAGAUGCUGAGGAAGAUGGAGAACAACAUCCUCAUCAGGAAAACAAUACAACAGAGAAUGUAGCAAAUGAUGUAGACUUAUGUGAGAGCAUUGAUUAUUUUGAAGAUAAAAAUGAACCCGUUGAACAACAUGAUGAUAAAAUGAGUGAUACAAGUUCUUCUAACGAGAAAUCUGGGGCGAAGCGUCGUGGCAGACCUCGGAAAUCAUUUCCUUCCGAUUCAGUGUUCCCGCUCACCAAAGAUGUGUCUGUGACAUCACAAUGCGAUGCAACAUCAUUAAGCUCUUCUUUCUCUCCCCUCCGGAAGAGAAGAAAGAGGAAAGUUAAGGGAUAUCCGUGGGGUAGGAUUAAGUCAAGAAAAAAGAAAAAGAAAAUUUCUGAAAAAUCUUCCGAGAAGACACAAAGUGAUGCAGAGCCAUCAGCUACAGGGAGUGGAUGGAGGUUGGGAGGUCCUCAUCUAUCCUCCGAGUCGGAGACUGAAAUUAAUGAUGCAGAUGAACGAGAAUCUGAGGCAAACUCGGCACGAGCUGCUUCUCAUGAUGAUACGUUGAGUUUCGAAACCACAAGUGCUUCUGGUGCAAGCAAAGAUACGGAAAGUGACGACGAAACAUUUGUUCCCAUUGUGGCAAAAGGUCGGAUUCUGCCGAGGAAAAAAGGCCGUCGACGAAAAUCUAAAGGCUACCAGUGGGGGGCAAUAAGGAGGAAGAUUAAAAAACCUGUCUGCCAGAAAUUAGGCAACGGAUCUCCGGUCAAGUCUCCAAAGCGUCCUGGUAGGCCGCGUAAAAUGCUGCUGUCACCUAAAGAGAGAGAGAAUACACCACCCCAGCCAUCUAAGUCACCAACACCUGCUUCUCCAGUUAAAUCCACCAAACAAACUACCAUGGAUAGAUUUUUUCGGCGGAAAUGUGAACCGAAAGUAGCUGAAGGUAAAGAAUCCCUGAAACAGCUUAACUGCAAUGGAAACAACGUGAAGCAGCAAGAUUCUGAAACCAAGUCCACAAACUUAUACGAUGCAUUAAAAGAUUCUACCCAUGUGGUUGUAGCAAGCGUGACAGUCUCACCAGCCAAAAGACUCCGUAGUCCUUCAUUUUCACAACCAACGUUAAGUUCAUUGAAACAGCAAGAAUAUGAGUCACCGGAGCCAAAACGAAGACGACGCAGCGCAAUUGCCGGCGAAAAUUUUGUAGCAAGCUGUAUUCUGUCUUCUCGCUCUCCCCGACGUCCACAUGAGAGGUCCUCCAAAGAUAACUCGAGUUCUGAUGAAGAUGCAGGACCUCAAGAAGAAGAGUCCAAAUGUACUGACACCCAGUUAAACCAGGGCUUUCCUGUUCUGGGUGAGAAUAAAGUGUUAAACAGAACUUUUUUAGGAUUAUGCCCCCAGGACCAAAGUAACAGUCUACUCAACCCACUAAACAAAUCUGAAAACCAGGUUUCGACCGUCGCAUUCGCUAAGCCAUGGAUCUCCACGUUGAGCUCAGGCACAGCAAACACGGCGCAGUCUCAACGCAGCUCGUUCUCUCUUCCCAAUGAGGGAGGAUUCAACAUGAUGUCUUUUCGUUCCGCUAACAUCCAGCACCAACAGAAGAAAUCCUCCGGUUCUAAAGUGACACUUCGUCCUUCGUCACUGACCGUGUACCGUGACAUGACCCGGAGCAACUUGGAUGAAGAUAAUGAUCCAAGUUCAUCAUCUUCUUCCGAUGCUGACUCAUCAUGUUCAUCAUCUGCUGAGUCAUCGUCAUCCGAUGUUGAAGCGGAUUUUGUCGCCACGGAGAAUUUCGAUCUGCAGUGGCGAGGUCAGGAGAAAGCGAAGAAACUUUCGAAACGAAAAUCAAACACACAAAAAUGUCACAAACUUAAAUCACAUCAAUUACUUGACUCAAAUUCUACAGAUGACGUUGCAACAAGUGAUCAGGUGAAGGAAAAAGACACCACAGAAAUGAAAGACUAUGGCCUGGGGGCAACAAAUAGGGGGGGAGGGGAAGAAAAAAAGGUUGGGAUGGUGAAGCGGGGUAGGGGGAGGCCCAGAAAGAACCCUGUUGCACCACUCAACCCUGAAAAAUUGGCUGAAAAGCCAAAGCUGAAGAAGAGAGGGAGAAAACCAAAACAGGAGAAAGAUCUUCCGUCGAAAGGUGGAAUCAAGUUGACGGUGAUGAGGACGGAAGACGGGUAUCAUACGACCAAUUCUGUCUCUGGGAGCUCCUCUGAAAAGAUCACGGAAGGUCCUCAAAUAGAUGAGGAUGACCUUGUGGACCUAAAAGAAGUGAAAGAGAUUGAAGAGGAGCAGAGGAUAAAAGAUGAAUCUGAACCGGAUGGUUUAGUAAAGAAGAUGGGAUCUCCGGGGCAAGAUGACUCGAAAUCUUGGUGUGAUUACGAAUCCACCGGUGGCAGUGCAGGGUCAGACAGCGAGGUGACAACAGAAAAGGAAGAGAAAUUACUCAAGCGAAACGGAGACCCAACGUUACCUAAAUGGGAUCCCAACUCAACAAAAGGUAACCCUGAUUCCUGGGAUAUAAACCCGGAGUCACCUGCCAAGGAAUCCUCAUUCAGUGACUCCCAACCAACCUCAAUAGCUGAUGUUAUUGAUGAAAGUAGUCUUGGCACAGUUUUCCCAGCUGUUGAUGAAAUUCGUCCUUCCUCUGCACUUGCUGCUGAGAUUGCCAUGAGAGCGGAAAAUGAACAAAAAGCAGCGACUGGCUUUAUUGAAGCAACUAACGAUAAUAUGGUGGAUAACGAUGCACUACCAGAUGUUAAAAAUGAUAGAAUCAUUCCUUUUCAAAUGGAUCGCAACAUAUCGACUACCAAGGAAGAACAACGAGAAAUAUCAGCAGCUGUUGCUUCAAUUAUUCCAGAUAAUCAAGAUUCACCAAUCGAUCUGGAAUAUAGCGAGGUUUUGGAAAACUAUGAACAAUCUUCCACUGAUGUUGGGAAUGAAGGGGAGACUAAGAUUGAAGAAGAAGAGGAAGAGAGUGAAGUAGUCAUGGAAAAUAAGGAAAAUGAAUCUUCCAGCUCUGAUAUAACUCUUAACACAACAUUAGUUGCCGAUAUAGGUGAAGAUUUAAAUCAAAAUGUUCCGUCAAGUUUUCCCCAAGAUUCAAACAUUACAUCAUCCAUACCAACUAAUUUCACUGACUGCAAUUUCUCAAAAAAAUCUUUAGAAACUUUUGAUAUCCAAUCAAAUACAAGUAAACAACUCACUACGGAAGGGCAGUCCUACACAGACAUUGAGCAAGAUAUUAACUCAAACUCCCAGUACAAGACCUGUAACAAUACAGAUGUGUCAACACCAUUACUCCAGCAAUGUCGGUACAACCAGGAAUAUAACGCACCAAUUUCUGCACAUGAUACAACAACAUUCCAAUCCACAAAUACAGGAACACAGUUUCAGAGCAACAGUUCGUACACAAACUCGUACCCACAACAGCAGAUGUACCACGACAACAUGCAGUAUCAGAAUAGUUACACCAACAAUAGAGUGGCAAUAUAUGAUACAUCAUGUACAUUGAAUAAGGGGGCAAGGCAAGAACAACCAAUGCAGAUGGAUCAGCCACACAUGGUGGGUCAAACGCAAAAGGGAAAUUACCAGGGUGUGAUUCCCUGUCCCUCCACCCGUCUUGAGUACACCCAUACUGGCGUAGACGUGGGGCAGAUGCCAGCCCCUUGUCCCCCCGGUGCGGUCCAGGGACCAAGCAACCACACACAUGGACACGUUUUCCCUAAUGGUGCCGCUGGUGCAGACUUUGGCUCGUCGAGUGGAUAUGAGACUCUCAGCAAUAAUAGCUGUAGCCCAUAUACGUCACCAGACAGCAUACCAAGUAUCAACCCUAGCAGUUGCGACCACUCGGGACAGUCUAUGGUUCCAAACCAGCACCCUGACCCAACGUACUCAUCCCCGCAGUCCAGCGUUUCCGUGGUUGGUAUGGGACAAAGUACGACUGCUGCACCACCAAUUAUAUACUCGGCACCAAGCAACGACUCAGGUCACGGUAGCGAGUACCUCGCAUCUCCCACCAACCACGGUUUAUUAUCAUGCCAAGGAACUCCACCGAAGCCACCCAGCGGUACAGUACUUAGCCCGGAUCCGUAUUACGUGAACAAGAAGCAAUCAACUUCACCGAAUCGUCCCAGCUGCGCAGUGACGAGCAGCGCAGGUUUCGCGCAUGUCAACCAGCGGAUGUCGCCAUGCGCACAACCCGCAUGUAACAGUUACGACGAAUCACGAACACAAGAUCGCACGAAAGAUCUAACCAGGGCAAACAGUCUCUUAGAGCUGCAGAAACUGACACAUAAGGUAUCUUGCCAACCCAACAAGACACCAACGUACCCGACCGGCUCCCCGGCGUUUCAGAAACCAGACAAUUAUGAUUUAAAUCAAAAAAUGCCGCAAUACUCUACCGGUGACCGACCCGCCAGCGUACAGUCUGUGCCGGGUGAAAUGUGCCAGCCGCAUACCACAGUUACAACUCCUUCACAUCCUGCAGAUAACUCAACCACACAAGCGACUUACCACGGGCAUAGGCCUGAACAAAAGCAGCAUGGGAGUUACAAAAACGAAGCAUCAUACCACCCGGGUUACAGAGCAGGUCCUGAACACGUACCCGGUCACCCGUGGCCGCCGCACUCACAAAUUUGGCCGCGACAGCCAGGCGGAUACGGCCCAUUCACCCACCAUGCUCCCACUUACGAGCAGUGGCACGGGGGCUUCGGGGGUUACCCUAGCUACCCUUCACAAGGCGCUUCAUGUCAGUUUGAGUCCCAGUAUCGUCUCAACCCUAACCCGACGAACGAUCUAGCGGCCGGGUCGUCGGGUAGUUACCACACUUCGAACAAAUUGACCCCGAACCCUUUACUGGUUCCGCGCUUACCGGGCCAGCCCUACCCACGAGAACCAGAGUCCUAUCAACGACCUCCAGUCGGUUACGACCCGCUGGCCUCACGAAAUGGGGUUUUUAAUCCCAAUGACACUUCUAACCGACGUAUAGGCUAUCAUAACCAACCUUACAAUGCCUAUCCUCAAAACCCUGGAACCUACUAUAACCCGUACAUGUACGGGUAAAGUUCCAGCACGUUGGUUUAUUUUCUUACUACAUACUCCCUAUUUCAAGCGUGCUUAGUCGUUGUGACAACAUUUUUUCUACUAAACCUGAAAAAUAUGCUCCAAAUUUUCUCGUACAAAAACCAACCCCGUAUUAACUCCUUUUACCCAGAUUUAUAAGUGCGCUGUACAAGGUGUGUUUUUGCUCGUUGUUUACGCUUUUGCUUUUUUUAAUCGAUCGAAAAAGGUCACGUCUUUUGGGGCCACCAACAUAGCAUUUUACAAUUUAGCACCGACUUUUGUCGCUUUUUUUGCACGUCUGGUUGCAGUUGCAUCCUUCCCACGUUGAAACGCUGUUUGUUAAUGACGUAACAACAGGUGUAGCUUUCAGACGAACGAAUGUAAAUAGAAUUGGAUCCAUAAA